CCCACACAGAGGAGGAGAGGAGGGAGGGGCCGUCUAUAGAACCAAAUAACCCGUGUAAGCGACUCACUCAGGGGACACCACCGACGCCGCGUGAGCUUCCUCCUCGGCCCUUGUGUGUGCGAUUUAAGAAGAGAGCGAGUUUAUUUUAGCCCUAAGCGGAAUACUUCAAUUUGCAGCGACGCGGCCUUAGGACUUUUGGCGAAGGUUCUGAGGCGAGUAGACGACGGAAGCACCUGUUCUUGUGACAGCCGCUGAACGGAGACGGAGGAGCGACGUACCCACACUUGAUACCCGGAGCGAGUGGAUGACUUCGGCGGAUGAAGGUCUGUCUGGCACCAGAAGGGGGGCCGUGGAUGGUGGUGGAAGCGAGUCCAGCGAAGACGAGCAGCACUUUCCGGUCAUCAUGUGCACGCGGGCUUAUCCCGACGCCUUGCCAAGCAGCCCGCUGUUCUCCGGAGACGCAGAAGACGACGAGGGCAAGGAGAGAGAUUCCGACAGAGACAGUGCAGUGGAGAGCACCCAAGGCUCUGACACCUCGGAGGGGCCCGACCGACUCGGCAAUAAAGAAGACAUCUUGGGCGAUCUCUUCUUCUCUACUGAGAAGACAAGCGGCACGAGCAACUCCGUGAUUUCCGACCUGUCCACGCGCUCCUCGGCUUCCUUGAACGAGGAGCAGUUUGAGGACUACGGCGAAGGAGAGGAGCCUGACUACGCUACCAGCAGUCCCUGUCCGGACGACGACACCCGCGUCAACGGGUACUCUGAUCUAGGCUCGUCCGUGUCGUCAAGUGCGGGCCAGACGCCACGCAAGCUGCGUCAACAAUUCCAGAGUGAGAUGGUGGAUGUCUACUGUACUCACUGCAGCAAAAAAGUCAACCUUCUCAAUGACCUGGAAGCACGUCUCAAGAAUCUCAAGGCCAACAGCCCCAGCAGGAAAAUCUCCACCACAGCAUUUGGGAGGCAGCUGCUCCACAACAGCAACUUGAGUAGCAGCAACGGCAGCACCGAGGACCUUUUCCGAGAUAGCAUCGACUCUUGUGACGUCGACAUCAAUGAGAAGGUGAACUCUUUGGAGAAGAAAGUUGCAGAACUGGAAAAUGAAAUUUUGUUGAAUGGUGAUGUGAAGUCCAAAUUGAAGCAGGAUAACACUCAUUUAGUUCACAGAGUUAAUGAGCUGGAGGAGCAGCUAAAAGACCAGGAGACUCGUGAGAAACAAAAUCUACAAGGGGAGUUGAAACGACACAGAGAGGCCUUCAACAAGAUGGAGAAAGACAAAAACACGCAGAUUGAGCUGCUGAACAGCCGCGUGAAGCAGCUGGAGGAUGAGAAAAAUGAAAUGCAUGUCGGCAUGUGCAGGCUCAAGACACAGACGGAGAAAUUGGACGAGGAGAAGCAAAGGAUGACAGAUAAAUUGGAGGACACCAGUUUGCGGCUGAAGGAUGAGAUGGACCUGUACAAGAAAAUGAUGGACAAACUGCGGCAGAGCAGGCAACAAUUCCAGCAAGAGAAAGAAGCCAUGCAGGAGCUAAUCGAGGACUUGCGGCGAGAGCUGGAGCACUUGCAGCUCUUCAAACUGGAGGUGGAGAAGCCUGGACGAGGGCGUAGCUCAACUUCUAGUCUGUCGGAGUACAACAGUCGGACCAGGGAGGUGGAACUGGAGUAUGAAGUCAAGAGACUCAAGCAGGAGAACCAGAGACUGAAGGAGCAGAACGACGAUCUGAACGGUCAGAUUCUCAGCCUGAGCCUAUACGAAGCCAAGAAUUUGUUCGCCACGCAGACCAAGGCCCAGUCUCUGGCUGCUGAGAUAGAUAACGCCUCCAGAGACCAGUUAAUGGAAGCCCUGAAGGAGCAGGAGGAAAUCAACAUGCGGCUGCGGCAGUACAUGGACAAAAUCAUUCUGGCCAUACUUGAUCACAACCCGUCCAUCCUGGAGAUAAAGAACUAGCAGUCACUCUGUGUGCGUGAAGAGACUGUACAGAACAUUCCUCUUAUGGAACAUAAACGACUGGAAUGUCGCCCCCUGCUGUUUAUGGAUUGAAAAACAGGCAUAUAAAGGGAGUGACUUGACGGUUAUGCUGCUGAGACUUUUGAGUGUUAUCUUUUUGUACUGAGUCUGUGUUUUGGGACUGGACAAAAGCUACUAUAUACACUGGUAUGAAAACUGGAACAGCAUGUAGCCGUCUUCUGUUUUCAUAUUUGGAAAGGGACCGUUCGAUCAGUACCGGCCAGUAGUUUAGCACUGUGAGAAAUUAGACCAGAGAAAAAAGAUUGGUGUUGUGUUUGAUACUGGCAUGUCUUCAUAGAAGGUUGUGAAAUGUGGUCAGGGAGGACUAUAGAGUAAAACGGGUCAUGUAGCUCAACAGAUGAGGGUUUUUGGUGAAGUCAAAUGAAGGUAAUACUGGUUUCCUCUUAAGAACGUCUUCCAGAAAUAUGGCAGUGACAUUUUCUGUGUCGCACUUUUUAAUCACUUGUCGUCACUUUAGGGAGAUGAAAGCUCAGCCGCCCGAGGAGUGUCUUUAAAAUGGAAUUUAGAGCAGUGCUAUUAGCUAGCAUCUCCCCAAUGCUUGAAAGGUACGUCGCUGUUGGUAAUAAUAAGCUCAACAAAAUGUGACAAGGUAAAAUGAAUGUUGCUACUUUUGUGUUGGUAAUGCGAAGUGGUACUAAAGAAAACAUGUCUACAGAACCCAAAUAGUUGUGUGGAACUUUAUUAUAGUGUAAAUAUGUAAGAAGGGACAACAAUACGCUGUACUAUGUAAAUAACUGAAACUUGAGUUUUGCUUCCUUGCACAAAAAAAAUGCUUUGUUUUCCCCUCUGCAUGGUUUAUACAUUCAAUCUGUGCCUUGGGAUGGACUGUUUUAAGAAGCCUACCAUUCUCCCAACUUGUAAAUGUUAGAAUUAUAUAGUGAACAUUUUUGUAAACAUGCCACUGGCUAGUUUUUUUUUCAGGAAUCUAUUUUCUACAGAUAUUAUCAGGAAAGACGCAAUGGCUCAAGUAGGUGCAUAGCGCAAUGCAUUGUUUGGUACCUGAGCGAAGGUUUAGAGUUUUUGUCAGUCUAAAAAUUUUAUAACAAUGCAAAAGAAGGAUUUGUUGUAUCUCUACAUUAUUGCUCACAGAAAAAGUCCAUAUUAGUUUAAAUUUGAUUUAUGGUUAGUAAACUGUCUUCCUAAUCUGAGGUCAGUGAUGCCCGUUGUCAGCAUUUUUAACUUAUCCACAGGUACCUAUAUUUCUUGUGUGUCUUUGUUUCACUUUGGCUGUUUGUACCAUUCUAGAAUUGAAAUUAAAGGAGCAGAUGGAGCUAUUAAAAUAUACCACAUUA